AUGAAAAAUACUACUGGCUACAUCUUUUUAAGGCAGCAAAGAGAGUUCAUGGAGCUAUACUUGCACUUGAAGUUUCACAUGAAAACGUCUAUUAAAAAUUUACUUUUUGGAUUUUUAAAUUCUAUAAAGAUGGGCGAUAGUGACUUUGGAAAAACUCAAAGUUAUGAAUAUUACUACUGGCUACAUCUUUUUAAGGCAGCAAAGGGAAUUCAUGGAGUUGUGCUUAUAAUUUAA